GUAUCGGUCGGCAUUCAGUGUGAGCGUGCGGUUCUUUUAUUGAAAAAUAAAUAAACAGUUUAGUAUAAAAAAAUCAAAAUAUGUAUUUUCCGCGCUCGUGCGAUACCUUCGUAGUCCUGCCGCCUUUCACCAAAAACAAUACUGUAAUAUUUGGAAAAAAUUCCGAUCGGCCACAGAACGAAGUCCAAGAAGUGAUUUUUGUAAAAGAUAGAAUUCGUGAAUCAACAUUGAGGUGUACCUACAUAACGAUAUCCGAGAGUUCCGAACCAAUAAACGACGUGAUACUCAGCAAGCCCGCGUGGAUGUGGGGGGCGGAAAUGGGGGCGAAUAGCAAGAGCGUUGCUAUUGGCAACGAGGCGGUGUGGACCAACAACAACGAGGGGGAGGGGGACGCGAGACAGAAGCGGCUUUUGGGCAUGGAUCUCGUGAGGCUGGGUUUAGAAAGAGGUAACACAGCAGAAGAGGCGUUGGAUGUGAUCACGUCGCUUCUAGAAAAGUACGGCCAAGGUGGGCCGUGCUCGGAAUUCGAUGAUAGUCAUUUCUAUCACAAUUCCUAUCUUAUAGCUGAUCCCAAAGAGGCCUGGGUUCUGGAAACCAGUGGGAAACUGUGGGCCGCCGAGAGAAUAGAGACUGGAUACAGGAACAUAUCGAAUGGGCUGACUAUAAAGUCGAAAAUCGACAAGCACUCGGAGAAUCUGUUUGAGAUCGCCGAGAAGAUGGGUGUCUGGGAUGGCAAGGGUAAAUUCGACUUCACGUCCGCGUUCUCGUCCGGCGGCGACGAGAAGCGUCAGGCGGAAGGCGAGAGGCUGCUCUCCGAGCUGUCCGCCAACAAGACCUUCGAUGUCAGAGACAUGUUCAAAGUACUGCGCCAUAAGGACAGUUGCAUUUGUCGCUCCGUUGACGACACUUUUCCUACGCAGGGGAGUCAGGUAUCGUCAAUCUCGUCAGAGGGCAUGUCGGUGCACUGGUUCACAGCCACCCCCGAUCCGAGCGUGUCCUAUUUCAAACCGUUUGUUUUCACCCCCAAUGCUGUUAUAUCCCCGCAUACUGUGAGCCCUAAAAAGCCCAACCGGGAGCAUCAACUCUACGCACUGCAUAUGAAGCACGUGCUAGCAGCAAAGGACGAGAAAAUAACUAAAGUCCUCCAGGAAAUAGAACAAGGCUGCCUCAAUGAGAUCGAAGAGCUUAUACAUCAUAACGAUAAAGACAAAUCGCUGAAAGGUGUAGAUGACCUAUUCAAGAACUGCGUGGAAACCGAAGUUAAACUCUACGGCUAGAUUAUCCAUUUUCCUACUGGUAAUAUCAUACCCACAUGUUUUUUUCAUAUUUCCACUUGUAGAUUCUCAGCACUUGCUUGUAUUAUAUCUGCUUCGUGCAUCAUACCAGAGAUGGAUGUAUACAACUGUCCUUGUCUAACAAAACAUAUAACUUUAUGGUGCGAUAUAAAUGUGUUAGAAUCGCUAGCAGUUGGAAUUUAGUUCUAGUUGAAGUUAGCACAGAACAAACUGCGAUUUAAUCAAUUUUGAACUUUAUUAAUAUUCAUUAAAAGUGCUAUUUCGCAAAUCCAGUAUUUAACGUAAUUUUUUCUUAUUGUAUUUUUAUAUGGAAUUGCAAUUGCAUAGAUAGCAGUGUGGUUUGGCAAUUUUAUUUUCGACGCUUUUUAAAAAUAUAUAAGUAAAGUAUUAAUAUUUAAGUAAUGCUAAAAGCACAUCGUAAUUCUAAAACGUAGUGUAUGCAGUUUAUAGGUUAUACUUGGUUCGUGUCCCAAAUUUGGGACGAAAAUAUAUGUAUGUGCCUCGACUCAAAUGUAUCGAACUAAAUAUCUGUUAUAUGAUAGCAAUAAUUUUUUACAUAGAUUUUAUUGAUAGAUUUAGUUCAUAAUUCAAAAUUUAUUGUCAUGUUAUGGCGCCAAAGUUAUGAUUAAGUCGGUGUUGCUAGUUUAAAAAUUUAUAGAUAUAUUAUAUGUACUUUUUAUCUGUAUUUCUAUCUAUGUUGAUAUAAUAAAAAUGGCAACUGUAUGUGUGCUUUGGCUUCUGGAAUUCUGCCAUUUUAAAUUGUUUGUUUGUUAAAUAUAAUUAAUAAAACAUACAUUUACAGAGAAGCAAUGUUAGUUAUAGUGACGUGAUGGUGAAGGUGCUUUACAUAUUGAUAAUAUUUCAUGUUUGUAAUGUUUUUUAAUUAAAUGUUUUAUGAAUUUUUGACAGUUAUUUAUAUAAUAAAAAGGUUAAUGUAUUCAUAGUAUAUUACCUCCAUUCAAUGUUUAAUAGCUUAAAUGAAAUUUAAUAUAUAGUGUCUAGUUUCUUCAUAAAGAAGAGAGCAUAAAGUUUUGGUCUUUGACAUUUAAGUCGGACAGAAUACAAUAAUUAUUAUUAUUAUUGUUUGUUAUGUAUGAUAGUAAAAAGGUCAUAAAUGCAAUUGGAUAUGAAUUACAAUUUAUUGAAUUAUGUUUAUAUUAAUAUGCUACUUUAUUUUAAGGUUUUAUAAAUGAUCUGUUCAAUUAAAAAAAUUUAGCAAUAAAAUACCUCCCUUAUUCACAAUGCUAUAAGCACUGAAUUUAAGUGGCCCAAACCGGACAAACAUCUGCAAAAUCUCAAAUUGUCUCCAAUGUUGCUAUAAUUCCUAUUUUAUUUGUAUCGUGCGUUAUUGUAAUAUUAUCAUCGGACGAAUCGACUUGUAUCUUAAUUUUUUUUUUUACAAGUUUACCGAGGGUAGAAAAUUAAAUUUAUGGGAUUUCUUGAAAAAUAAAACCAAAUAACUAACUUUAUUUUACGAUGUUUCACAAGAAGUGAGGAUAUGGUCUCAAAUUUAUUGUCGUUUUGUAUUUUAUGUUCUUGGGCACGUUGUGGCCCAAUGUAGCUGCCAUAGUGUUAAUAGUUAUAAUUAUCUUUAAUUUUGCACUUUUAUUGCAAUUAGUAAUUAAAUAUUUGAAUGUGCUUAUUAUUUUUAUUGUAAACUAAUGAAAAUUCAUUUGAUUAUAUUCAUCUAAUGUAAUUUUUUUUUUAAUUAAAAAGAACAAUGGCAGAAUUGAAAAUCUGGAUUCAUUUUUGUAAUUAAUAUGAAAUAACUAUUAUUUCUAUACUAGUCGAGUGUUGCCAAUAUACUAAAUCAUUGUUUUUUUUAUUAUCUGUGAGAACAUUAAGGAAUUCAAAUCAUUUUUAGAAUGAGUUAAUGUGACUUAUAACUAUACUAUCCAACAUAUUAAUAAUAUAGAGAUUAGUUCGAGAACUUUCUUAAAUGUUAUGGCUACAAUGACUACAAUAAAAAUAUAGUGUGUUUAGCGAGAUAUCAAUGAUGCUCAUACACUUUUCGUUUAUGGUUUUUUUACCCGACUUCAAAAAAUUAGGUGUUUCCCAAAUCGACUGUAUCUCUUGUGUUUUUACUGGGUGAAUCAAUUUUGUUAAUUCUUGUUUUAUUUGAAAGCUGGUGCCUCCCGUGUGGUCCCAUUUAAAAUUGGUCUAGUUCUUGCAAUAUGAAAGCAGUUUAGAUUAUUAUUAAUAAUCUUAUUUCUAUUUUACUUUUAUUAUUGACGAUAAAAAAUAAAAUUGAAUGCUUUAAUUGUGUCGAGAAGUUACUGAACUAACUCCGUUCAGAUAGACAAGAGACGCAUGAUUCUCGGAAAAGUAACUUUUAAAAUGUUUUUUUUUUUUUGAAUUCUAAAUAUCUUUUCGUAGCAUUCUCUAGAUUUUUUUUUUAUUAAGUUAUUCAUUUUUGGAUAUUUCUCACAUAUAAGACACUACCUAUUCUUCUCAAUUCAUUUCAAGUAUUGAAGUCUGCCAUUGUUCUUUGUAUCUGAAAGUUUAAUACUUCGUCGUUUUUACCAUUGAGGAGGUUUUUAUCAGAAUGGUGUGCUGGUGUUUUAUGUUUAUACUGUCUAGUUUUUUUUUACUUUGUAUAAAAUAUUAAUUUAGUUCACGUUAUGCUGUUGAGUUUUUAAAAUCAACUCACAUUUUGAUGUUACAACUCGUAUAUAUAUCUAACCCCUUACGUAUAUUUUUAUAUAGUAUAAAAUUACAUUUGAAUCAUUGAUAUGAACGAGUAUUGGUAGAUCCUACUAAUAUUAGAAAUGCGAAAGUUUGU